AAAGAACAAUAACUCUUAUAUAUUUUUUGCGGGAAAAGACAGAGCAUCAGUAUUAUCAAUUGUGAAUUGAAACCAUUGUGAAGCUAUGGCAGAUAAAACUAUGACAGAGGGAAACAAGUUGUGGGGUGGCAGAUUUACUGGAGCCACUGAUCCUAUUAUGGAGAAAUUUAAUGCCUCAAUAUCAUAUGACAAGAGAAUGUGGCAAGCAGAUUUAAAGGGUAGUAUGGCUUACGUGAAGGCCACUUGUAAAGCUGGACUACUAUCAGAGACAGAAAGAGACCUCAUUCUCAAAGGAUUAGAACAGGUAUACAGUAAGUGGGAAGAUGGAAGCUUCAUUGUAAAACCUGGUGAUGAAGAUAUACAUACAGCAAAUGAGAGGAUGUUAAAGGAGUUAAUUGGUCCAGUGGCUGGUAAACUACACACAGGACGGAGCCGUAAUGACCAGGUAGCAACAGAUAUGAGAUUAUGGUUAUCUGAUGCAUCUAAAGCAUUGAAAUCAUUACUCAUCCAGUUAAUAUCCGUUUUUGUUGAAAGGGCAAAAGAUGAAAUAGAUGUAUUGUUACCAGGGUACACACAUUUACAAAGAGCUCAGCCAAUCAGAUGGAGCCAUUGGUUACUAAGUUAUACCUGGAUGUUGAAAAGAGAUGUAGAAAGAUUAGAACAACUGACAGAUAGAUCUAGUGUUUUACCCUUAGGAAGUGGUGCUCUGGCUGGUAACCCAUUUAACAUUGACAGACCUUUCCUUGCACAAGAACUUGACUUUAAAGAAGUUUCAGGAAACAGUAUGGAUGCAGUUAGCGACAGAGACUUUGUUGCUGAGUUUCUGUUCUGGGGUUCAUUGUUAAGUGUUCACCUUAGUAGAUGGGCAGAAGAUUUGAUUCUCUAUAGUACUAAAGAGUUUAGUUAUGUACAGCUGUCUGAUGCUUACAGCACUGGUAGUAGUCUUAUGCCCCAGAAAAAGAAUGCUGAUAGUUUGGAAUUAAUCCGUGGAAAAGCUGGUCAUAUGUAUGGCAGAUGUACAGGUUUUAUGAUGACAUUGAAAGGAGUUCCUAGCACUUACAACAAGGAUUUACAGGAGGAUAAAGAAGCCAUGUUUGAUGUGUUUGACACUCUAACAGGAAUACUACAAGUGGCUACUGGUGUCAUGUCAACAUUAAAGAUUGACAAAGAAAAAAUGAAGGCAGCUUUGAGCCCUGAUAUGUUGGCUACAGAUAUAGCUUAUUAUCUUGUCAGAAAAGGGAUCCCAUUUAGAGAAGCUCAUGGACAAUCAGGAUCGUGUGUGGCAUUAGCUGAGAAAAAGCAAUGUCUGCUGUCAGAACUAACUCUGGAAGAUUAUAAAACUGUCAGUGAGAAGUUCGAGGAUGAUAUAUUAGAAGUAUGGAACUAUGAAAACUCUGUGGAUCAGUAUUCUGUUUAUGGUGGUACUGGAAGGAGUAGUGUUCUACAACAAAUCAAUAAUAUACAACUGUUCCUGAAAGAGAAAGCAGUUUAAACACUGGUUAGAGCUAGGAGAAGUAGUAUGUUCCAAAGAAACAUAAACACUUUUGCUGGAGACAAAGGAUGGGAAGAUAUGGAAUCAGUAUUAAAUUGAUUUACAAAACAUCACUUGAAUUUUGAAACGCUGCACAUAUUUUAUUCUAGAUUUGUGAAAUUUAUUUAUUUUAGAGCAUAUUUGUUGUGUGUCUUCUCUUAUCUAUGAAGUUUAAAAUGAUCUGCUAAACAUUCAUGUUUUGUUUUACCUGUAUUUAUUAGUAAAUGUUUUAUAUUGUCAAUGAUUCCUUUAACUCCUAUUUAUAAAAUUAUUAGCCCACUAGCAGGAAAUUAAGAGUCCCAAAUGGAAAAAUAUUUUGUUGCCUAGUGGCCCAAACUUUACCCUGAAAAACAUCUGUUUAAAUUAACCUCAGACUCUUUAAAGAUUACUAUCCCAUGCAUAGAGCAUGACACUCUUCCAACAAGGGUCAUCUGAUAUAACAAUUCACAGUCUUUCUACAAUACAGCCUAAUGUCGGAUCUUAUAUAACAACCCUGCUUUAGAUAAGAGGUAUAUGCAUUUCUUUUUUUAAUUUUCAGUUAUAGUGCAGUGAGCCAAAAUUGUUUGAAAAAUAAGUCACUUAGCCCAUUCAUUGUUCCUUAAUUGUAAAAUCGGAGAAACUAAGCAGCUUGUGAAAAAUUUUCAAUUUACAGUUUAGGUUUUGUAGUCUACUUAAGAAUCCAUUAACAUUAUUGCAUUGUUUUUUGCACACACUAAAGGGUAUUUAUAACGAAAACAGGUUAAGGAAAUAUCUAAUGGUGCUAUUAUCUGUAAUUUUCUUUUAAAUUUACGGUUAAACUUUCAUAUUCAAUAACAUUUAUAAUAUCUUGGUAUUAUUGUCUCAUUUGAUUGUUGUGAAUUUGAUAAUGUGAUUAUUAGAAUUAUUCAUUUUACAUAAAAAUAGAUAGUAUUAUUGUUUAAAUUUCGGUUUGUGAAAGCAUUUCAUUUUAUAUAAAUUUUAGAUGUGGUUGGAUUUUUUUUUUAUGUCUUUUUGCAUUUUUGUUGUGUUGUUUUUGUUAUAAUACAGAGAUAUUUUUUUAUUUUAAUUAUGUUGAUAUUUUAUGAAAUAAUGUUUUCCCUUUUUUUUUCUGCUUUUAUAAUUUGUAAAAUUAAGUCAUACAUUUUGUCCUUGUUUUCUCUCUUU